AUCGUAAGCGGAAAAUCUAAUGGAGACUCUCUCACCAACACAAGGCACAGAUAGAUCUACACACUGAAUAACAGUGAAACCCAACGCUGCAUGCGGGACUCAGGUGAAGGGGGCGGAGUCAGCCGCUUACUCACUGUGAAGAGCUGUAGUGCACGCGCGCCUCUGCAGAAUGCGCGUAUGUGGAGCGAGUGACAUGCGCUGUUUCAAUUCUGGAAUCAUUUCAGACUGCUCUAAAUAAGUUUGUGAUGCUUUGAGCAGUCUUCAUCAUGUCUCAUGCCGAAGUUGAGUUCGCUGGACGUGGUUUUCCAGGUUUACCUGUUGAAUUAGAGGAGGACUGUCUCUCCAGAGUGCCAAGGCUGCGAACGCACUCCUUGAGCGCGAGGAGGAACUCAUACGUGCUUCAUAAACUCAGUGUGGAUAUUGACCCGCAAAUAUACACGGAGACACUCUCCAAGGCGCUGUCAUGGUCCUCUGAAAACAUAUUAUUAUCAGAAAGAAGAUCUGUGGAGGAUAAAACAGACCCUCCAUCUCCAAGUUCUUCAUCCGCGGUCUCCAGCCCAGAGUUUUCUACACCCAAUGCAAAUUCAGCUCCAGAGGACUGGGGAAGCUCCGUCCAGACGCCUCUGUCCCCUGCUCAGGAUGCCAGCUCAGAUUCGGACAAUGAGGGGUCCAAGGUCGAGCAUGUGACACCACGACGCCCAUUUCUUAGCAGACUGGAACAGGACGAGAAGGAGGACAUCGAGACCAAAGCGGUGGCCACCUCACCAGAUGGAAGGUACCUGAAGUUCAACAUUGAAAUUGGUAGAGGGUCGUUCAAGACGGUCUACAAGGGGCUGGACACAGAGACCACGGUGGAAGUGGCAUGGUGCGAGUUACAGACUCGCAAACUGACCAAAGUGGAGCGUCAACGCUUCAGUGAAGAGGUUGAAAUGCUCAAGGGUCUUCAGCACCCGAACAUUGUGCGCUUUUACGACUCCUGGAAGUCCACUGUGAAAGGUCACAAGUGCAUCCUGCUGGUCACUGAGCUCAUGACUUCUGGCACUCUCAAAACGUAUCUAAAGCGUUUUAAAGAGAUGAAACCAAAGCUCCUACAGAGGUGGAGUCGUCAGAUCCUUAAAGGACUUCACUUCCUGCACACGCGCGCCCCUCCCAUCAUUCACAGGGACUUGAAGUGUGACAAUAUCUUCAUCACAGGGCCCACAGGAAGUGUGAAGAUCGGGGACCUUGGACUGGCCACACUCAAGAGAGCGAGUUUUGCAAAGAGCGUAAUAGGAACUCCAGAGUUCAUGGCUCCAGAAAUGUAUGAGGAGAAGUACGACGAGGCGGUGGACGUCUACGCAUUUGGCAUGUGCAUCUUGGAGAUGACCACAUCAGAAUACCCAUACUCAGAGUGCCAAAACGCUGCCCAGAUUUACCGCAAAGUUACUAGCGGUAUAAAGCCAGACAGUUUCUACAAGGUGAAAGUUCCAGAGUUAAAGGAAAUCAUUGAAGGCUGUAUCCGCAUGAACAAAGAUGAAAGGUACACCAUCCAAGACCUGCUGGAGCACACGUUCUUCCAGGAGCAUAACGGCGUUCACGUUGAAUUGGCUGAGGAAGAUGAUAUGAUCAAAUCCAGCCUGAAGCUGUGGCUUCGCAUGGACGACACCAAGAAACUCCACGGAAAGUACAAGGACAACAACGCCAUUGAGUUCCUAUUUGAGCUUUACAAAGACGUGCCAGAGGAGGUGGCGCAGGAGAUGGUGGUUCUGGGGUUUGUAUGCGAGGUGGACUACAAGCUGGUCGCCAAGGCCAUGCGAGACCGCGUGACGGCCAUCAAGCGCCAGCGUGAAAAACAUCGUCGGCUAGCAGAGGAGCAGCAGCAGAAGAAGAAGGGCGAAAUUAUUGAGGAAGAGCCUGAGCUGCCAUCGCCCAAAUCCACCAUUCAAAUGUCUGAAAACCCCGCCCUUUCCCCUGUGCAGGCCCCGCCCACUCCUGUAAUCCCUGAACCUGUUAGUGGCUCAUCGGAUUCUGGGAUUAACGGGAGCUUCCCACCGGAGCCAGAGGAACCAGAGGCCGAUCAACACUUCCACAUUCGCCAUACAAGCUGCUCCUCGGCAACCUCUGACUGUGAGACUGAUGGAUAUCUCAGCCCCUCUGGUUUACAGGAUGGUACGGAGGCUCCAAAUGGCAACAUCAGCUGCUCUCCAGUCUCCCUCCCCUCACAGGCCACUCCCACAGAGGCCACACCCAUCCACACCCCACCAAUCCCGGCUCUCCGUUUCCCCUCAAGUAUUGCCGUGUCGACUAAAACCGAGAGAGGACCACCUAGCCCUUUCUCCUCACCUGUGGACAGUUAUGCUUCAGAUGUGACGUCAGGCUUGAGCGAUGGCUAUGAGGGACAAUCGGAGAGAGGGAGUAAGUCAGCUGUCAGACGGACAGCAGGGAAACUGUUUAGGCGAAGAACACGGUCCCGUCUGCGAAUUACAGGGUUCUCGGAUAAAGUCGAUCGGGUGGUUGAGUGUCAGCUUCAGACCCAUAACGAUAAGAUGGUCACCUUUAAAUUUGACCUGGAUGGUGACAAUCCUGAGGACAUUGCUGCGGUAAUGGUGCAUAAUGAGUUCAUCUUGCCCUCAGAGAAGGAAGGUUUCAUUCACCGCAUCCGUGACAUCAUUAAGCGAGCGGAGUCUAUGAUGAAGGACUCGUCGGGUCACCAUGAAGCCUACGGAGCCGCCCGUCCCUCUUAUCUCAAUGCCGUCAACUCACUGUCUGGUUCUCAGCCAAACCUCCACAAUCUGGCACGAGCUCAUUCCUCUUCCUCUCUACCAGCGGAGUUUGGUCUGGGCACCGGGGCGAGAGCCUCUCCUCCGGGAAUCGGUGGAGACAUUACCUCAUCCACACGUCCACUCUUACGUUCGCAGUCUUUCCAUAAUGCCCCAGGUUCUCCUCAUCCUCAUCACAUUCCAUCAGCUUCAGCCUACCCUUCUGAUCCCAGAAUGCCUCAUUCUAAACUACCUCACGUGCAGCAGUAUAUACCCUCGUACAUGAACACAGCCACCCACUUCCCCUUUCCGUACCCACCUCACCCAGGCUCCCCCAAUCCCAGCCAUCCUCCUCUGUCCCGUAUACACAGCAGCCCGUCAUAUUCCCUCUCGUCCCCUGCAUCCGGCCCGGGCUCCCCCAGCCCACUCAGCUCAGACGUCUCAAGUCCCUUUUCCGACGUCAACCUGAUGUCUCCGGCCAUGUGGCCACCACACAGUCAGCCUCUGUUUUCCCUGGCUAAUAUGCUGUCUAUGGCAAUGAGCAUGGCACAUUCCUUCAUGCCCGCACCGAACCUGGUACAGGCCAUGCCGGGUUACCAGCCUGGUUAUCCCACGAUGUAUGCGCCCCAGUAUGCUCCACCUCCAGGGAUGGCCGAGUAUUACCAGACCAUGGAUUCUCAGUUUCGAGACACUAUGAUGUCGUCACCUUCCCAAACUAUUCCAACAUCUACUUCUCCCGGUGGCGUUUCCAUAUCCGCCCAGCAGACAGCAUCUACAGUUUCCCAAGAGGGAAUGCAAUAUGCACAGGAAUCCUCUAAUGAAUAUCCUCACGGAUACAGACCCGCUUUCCACAGGCACUUACUAGACCAGCGGAGCAGCCCCGGGUCUUCAUCUGGACUGUCGUCUUCCCCCAGAGCGAGUCCAGAUAGCAGAGUGUCGUCAUCCAGUCCGAGAUCAUUGUCCCCUCAGAGUAGCAGAACUUCACAGUGCCAAGAAAACUCUUUACCAUCUGAGCCAAAGUCUACUGUGACUGUGGGCCGUUUUCAAGUGUCCCCCAGUAAAGAGAUUCCUGCUCCCGUCAGACACACAGAAAGUGAAAAUACACCCACUGAAACUCCACCUGUCGUCCCUCCGGAUAAUCUCAUCAGGUCACUGGAUCAGCCUGCGUGCUCUUUUUUAGCUCAAAAUCCAGCGGAAAACAGGCAGGACCUCUCCGUUCUUCCUUCCCGUGAGGCUCGGCGUGAUUUGAGUCCUGCUGACCAGCCCGUGACGGAGAGCGAUCAAAAAGAGAACCGAGAGGGACGGAUUGAUGAGCAAGAGCGGGAUAAUGAGGAUUAUGAUCGUGAUGAGACCGCUGUGGAUAAGAAGCACAGGAGGAAGAAGGAACGCAGAGCGGAUUGCGGCCCGGGUCUCAUGGGAACGUCGGUGGACAGCGGUUUUUCUGUGGCCCUGGACACAGAGGGGAGGGUGUGGGAUGGAAACACGGCCAGCCCUCCGUAUGCCACUCCUUUCCACAACCUGUGGAUGAGCUACACGCGGAGCUCCUCCUACCUGAGCAGUGACGAAUCAGAGAGCGAGGAUGAGGAGAUGUGGGGGGAGCUACAGGAGCUGAGGGAGAAGCAUCUGUUUGAGGUUCAGUCUCUGCAGGCGGUGCAGAAGCGAGAGAUAGAGGAACUGUACGCCAAGAUGGGGAAGGUUCCUCCCCCGUGUAUCGUGUCUCCAGCUGCUAUGCUCUCCAGCCGCCAACGCCGCAUGUCUAAAGGAGGAAACUUCCCGUCGUCUCGCAGAAACAGCCUCCAGAGAGUCGACAUUCUCCCUUUAACAGGGAUCAUGAGGAAAAACUCCCUGAGCGGCAACAGUAGCAGCAGUUCCCAGGAUGACUCACGGCCGACUAAAGGAGUGACUUUCGCUGCUGACUUUACUAGAAUGUAAGAAUCCUGGUACAUUGGCGGGACUAUAUCCGACUACCUCAUCCAUACGUGACUGCUCUCAGCACGGCAAACCUUCAACAACCAGCCAGUCACAAUCCAGUCAGUCAUAUACUGAAAGCAUGAACUGGACAGAUUUGCUUUGUAAUAUAUAAUGUACAGUUUCCUAAGCAGAAUAUGCUGUUUGAUUGACAUAAGGGAUGUUUCUAGUGCAAAUGCACUAACUAGUCCCCUUAUUUCCGUGAAGAGCCAAUGGUUUGGCGGGACUCUGCUGUCAUACGAUGCUGUGACGUUCUCUCUGAAGGCUCAGCACUGAGGAAGAUUCCUAACUGUCUCUUUUGCACUUUCUGAAAACCUGCUGAACGGGCAAACAUCUGAAUCAACAGAUGUCCUGCCGUUUCUGUUCUACUGCUCGUGUGUGCGCUCUAGAAACACCAAAUCGUCACGCAAGAAUCGCAGCGGUCGCCUUGAACUCUGAAGAUCCGGUCCAGAGAUAUUUCUGCUAUCACCUGAUAGGCUUUAUGAUAGUAGUUUAAAUGUGAAUAAAAACUAUGAUAAAUAAAUUAAAACAGAUUGAGAGUGGGUGCAGUUGAGCUAAAUAUAUUAUUUUUGCAAUGAUUAUUCCAGCUUUGAGAUUUUCAUCCAUUGAGAUGCAGAACUUUGUUUCCUUGAAGUCUAUGUUUAUGUGCAUUUACAUAUAUAUUUGAAUGUCUUUUACCAGUCUAUGACUGACUGACUAAUUAUUUGCACCAAAAAUCAAAGCAAGUAUCAGCCAUAAAGUUAAAGACAAAUGUAAAUGAUAUGCACACUGCACUUUGGCAUAAGUUUCAAAGUCCCGUCUGGGACUGUACAAUAGACUCAAUAAUAAAUGAUUGAUUUCUGAUGUUUACAAAGAGCAGUCAAUAAAAGUGCAUUCAUUAUCUUCAUUGUAAUAUAUUAACACAGUAUGUUCAGAUUUUUCACAUCGAGCCCAAAGGUUCAACAUUUAUGCUUUCUGUAGUCUUAAGCCCUCGGUAUACCUCAUGUUUUUACGCGUAUGCAGUCGAGCGCACGGCCUUGCAAAGUAUACUUCACUUGACGCAUGCGCAGUUUUGAAUAAUCUCUCACCAUGAGUUACAACCCAUGUAAAUAUAUGAAUUCUUUCAUGCUAGAGUUGUACAAAUGAGGGUACUUUCUGACCUCUUCGCACAUUGUCACUGUAGCUUGCAUGAGUUCCAGUCUGUUCUGUUUAUUACCUUGAGAAUCGACGCCCCCUUGUGGAUAAACUAAUGACUGCAGAAAAAUUAAAUGCUCAUACAAAAACCCUGCCGUGCCCAUACUCUUCUAAUGACGAAAUUCGCGUCACGUGCACUGUACGCUGACCCUCGCGUACGCGUAAAACGUGAAGUAUGCUUUGGGCUUAAGUGUUUAAAUAUACUAUAUGUACAGUGAAAUCAUUUUUUUUAUUAACUUAUAAGACAUCUACUUGCAUGAUGUAAAAGAGGGAUUCUGAAUAUGAACAUUAAGAAAUAUAAAAGUUCAUGAUGUAAAAAAAAAAAAAAAAACUUGGCUUCAUAUUUUCGGGUGGGUUUCUGUCAUGAUGUAUUGCACUUUUCCAGUUUCAGAGUUUCAAACACACAUGCCAACCAGAUCUUUAAUAUGACAACCCAAGAACGUCCAUUCAUGGCUCAUUAAAAACUGUGAAAAAUCAUAUGAAUGCCUUUAUAUGAGCAUUGAAAUCAGCUGCAGACACAAACACAGACCGUGUUUCAGAUUGAGAUAAAUGUGACUUCAUGCUCUGUUAUAUUGAUAUACACUUCAGUGUGCAAUGCAACACGUCCAUGCUGUGCCUUCUCUAUCUUAUGAUGAUUAUGUAUUAUAUUCUAAAUCAUAUUUGUACAUUUAAAGUCAAUAAACAGCAUAAAGAUGACUGUUAA